AUGAAUUGCUUAAUCGAUAAUGAAUUCGAGGUCAAUUCAAUUAAUACAACCGAUUCCGUCCAAUUAUCAGAUAACCAUAUUCAAGAAUAUCAAGAUAUUCUUAACUUUUUAGCGGAUGAAAAUGUUUUAGCUUAUGGAUGUGUUUUGAAGGAGACAAUUCGUUUGACGGAAGAUUUGGUCGGUCGUCGAAUUACGAACGAAGUUGUGAUAAAUUUCGUUUCUCAAGCCGCCAUUCACCUUUCCAAGCGUCAAUGGGUUCAUUACGGAAAUUCAACUGCGCGACUCGAACUUCACCUCCGCGCCAUGUCUUCCGUAUUACACAUCUUCUCACAAUUGAUUGCUAACGAGUCCGGUCCAAUGAUUGAUGCAAAGGUCCGUGAAACACUUUAUAAAUCCGUCUCAAAGUUCUGGGCUACUUAUCGCACUUCAAAAAUUAUAAAUGCGAAUAUCACGUUCGCCCUUCGUGAAAUUCGAACUUGCUUGCGAAAGAUUAAGGAUGAUCGUAACAUUGCACUUGGUGUUACUGUAAACAUUUUUGAUGUCAUCUCUAACGUUAUAACAAAAGAAUAUUGGGCCGCUGCGGGUUCUUUUAUCAAAGCUUUAGACUUUGAAUACCCCGCUGGAGAGUGGUAUUAUGAUUGGCAAGAAAUACGAGUAGAAUUUUUCAAAUUACGCCAACAACUUUCGGAAAUUGAUGAUUCGGCAAAAUCGAAAACGGUUACUCAAUUUUAUAAUCAUUUAUAUAAAUUAUCAACCGAGGAAUUUGAAACUGUACGAAGGAAAAAUACAGUAAUUAGGAAUUUUGAAUAUAAGAUGCUUAAAUCUGGAGGGAGUAUUGCAGGGUGCUCAUUACCCGAUCAUAUCGAUACCCUUUUGAUCGGGUAUUUGGAUUUAAUUCAACGGAUGCUCACGGAAUUCCCUCAAAUGAGUAUACAUACUCUAGAAAUUAUUGGAUUUUGUAACGAAAUAUAUGACUCGCACGUUAAAAAACAAUUGACGUGUAAAGCCGUAGAAGUUUUAUAUGUCAUAAACAAAAUUAGCAAAAAGAAACUGGUCCGAAAUAUGAUUAAAGUGACUUUCAAGUCUCUUCAACAAGCCACGCCUCCCGACUCUCCAACUUCGGCAAAUUUUUCAAAUUCAUCACAAGAACGAAUUAAACGAAAAAAUCUAAUUCGCAGGGCUCGCAAUGCUAUUAUUGUUAAUUCAAACCUAAGUGAAAUUCCAAACAGAAUAAUGACGAAUUUCCAAAAGAUUCGUCAAAAACAAGUAUCUAGUUUGCGUAAUCGUAUUGUGGAUAAUGUGGAAAAAUUGAUGAAAGAGAAGACUAAGGUCGGUAAAAAUGUUCAAGAAAUUAGAGAGAUUAAAGAAAAGCAAGAUAAUAAAUUGUCAGAGGAUAAAUCUGAUCAAGAACCGUUUUUACUUAAAGUUAAAAGAUUCUUGGGAAAAAGAGAUGAAGAGAAAAAAACAAGAUUGAACAACUUGCAAGAGACUUCAAGAGUUGGAAGAAGUAAUUCUGAUCAAAACCAAGAAAAGCAAGAUAAUAAAUUGUCAGACAAUAAAUCUGAUAAAGAACCGUUUUUACUUAAAUUUAAAAGAUCCUUGAGAAAAAGAAAUGAAGAGAAAAAAAAAAGUUCGAACAACUUGCAAGAGACUUCAAGAGAUGGAAGAAAUAAUUCUGAUCAAAACCCUUUAUAUAAAGAUAAAGCCGAGAACAAAAAUAAUAAUAUUUCUGCAGGGGAGAUCGGCGAAGUGAGCGACAGCGAUUUAACCAUUGAAAAUGAAUUUACGCAUCAAAAUGAUUUGGAUAAUGUUACCUCUUCUAAUAUUACAAACGAAGAAAACGAACAUAAUGAUAACAUUUUACUUCAAGAGGAAGUGAAAGAGAAUCCAAAUGAAAUGGAAGUUGUCGAUGCUGAUCAUGAGUAUACCUUAGAAGAAGUUGAAGAAAUUCUUAAGCAUCAAAAUGAUUUGGAUAAUGAAAUUACUUUUACCUCCUCUGAUGUCAUUAACGAAGAAAAUGAACCUGAUGAAGUAAUAAAACAAAUCAACAAUUAUUCACAAUGUGAUGAAGAGAAUCGUCACAUUACAAUCGAUGAAGAUGUUGAAUGUUUUUAUAUGCAACAUAUGGAUAGUGUCGAACUCGAAGAGAUCUUAAAUCAUCAAAAAUAUCUGGAAGAUGAACAUAUAACGGAUAAUGCUUUUGUGAAUGAAGAUGUACACGAUUUAAACAUUUCAACGAAAACUCCCAAAACCAAUGAAAACACUUUUGUAGAGGAAUUUGAAGGGUUAUACCUAGAUAAUUUUGAAUUUCCGAUUAUAGAACAACCAAAAAUAUUAACGCACGAAGUUGAAAUAAAUAAUACAUGUUCUUAUCAACCACCUCCUUAUGAAGAACUGUCAUCAUCCAAGUCAGCAUUAGUGAACUUUUAUGAGUUUAGGAAAUUUCUAUUAACUCAACAUGAGGUGGAUUCGUCUAAUCCACUAUGGAAUGUAGAUAAUGUUAAUGAUUUUGAGGAAAUGUAUUCAAAAACAUUUAAAGAUUUUGAUAAAAAAGUUCAAUAUAUCAACUUCAUCAAUGAUGUACAAUAUAAUCAAAUUAAACAAAUUAAUCAAUCUUAUGAAAAAGCACCUUCUUAUGAAGAACUGUCGUCAUCCAAGUCAGAAUUAGUGAACUUUGAAGAGUUCAAGAAAUUUUUAUUAAAUCAACAUCAGGUAGAUCCAUCUCAUCCAUUAUGGAAAGUAGAUAAUGUUCAAGAAUUUGAAGAGAUAUAUUCAAAAACAUUUAAUAAUUCUAAACCUCAAGAUCGAUAUGUUAAUUUUGUCAAUAAUGUACAACAAAAUAUCGUAAUUAAUAUCGAGCGACAAGAUCCUAAUGAAAUUGAAUCUGCAUUUUUUAAUUUAUGUAAAAAAGUUUUUGUAAACAUAGUUGAAAAUAUAACUGAAGGUACUAAAGCUGCGAAAAAGAAAAGUUUAAAUGAAAAAAGUUGA